CAGGGCUCCGAGGCUGUGGGGAGAGACUUCACCGGCGGCCCUCGUAAAGGAUGAGAAAGACGAGGCCUGCCGGGGGUUGUUGCUGAAGCCGCUUCCUUUUCCUUUCCGGUCGCUCCUACAGGCGGGUCGGGAGGCAGGAGAAGUCAUAGGCGUCCUUCCUUCGAGCAAGGCUGUGGCUAAGAUCUCACCCUGUCGGUUUCGAUUCUCUCCCCAAAUCUUCCACAGAACUUCCCUUUGCAAAACAGGCAAAAUGGUACAUGCUGAAGCCUUUUCUCGCCCAUUGAGCCGAAAUGAAGUUGUUGGCUUAAUUUUCCGGUUGACAAUAUUUGGUGCUGUGACCUAUUUCACCAUUAAAUGGAUGGUAGAUGCAAUUGAUCCAACCAGGAAACAAAAAGUAGAAGCUCAGAAACAGGCAGAAAAGUUAAUGAAGCAAAUAGGUGUGAAAAAUGUGAAGCUUUCAGAGUAUGAAAUGAGCAUUGCUGCACACCUGGUAGACCCUCUCAGCAUGCAUGUAACGUGGAGUGAUAUUGCAGGUUUAGAUGAUGUUAUUACAGACCUGAAGGAUACUGUCAUUUUGCCAAUCAAGAAGAAACAUUUGUUCCAGAACUCCAGACUCUUACAGCCACCUAAAGGAGUCCUUCUCUAUGGGCCUCCAGGCUGCGGUAAAACCUUGAUUGCCAAAGCGACAGCAAAGGAAGCAGGUUGUCGGUUUAUUAAUCUUCAGCCCUCAACUCUGACAGACAAAUGGUAUGGGGAGUCCCAGAAGCUGGCAGCUGCUGUUUUUUCCCUCGCUAUAAAGCUUCAGCCCUCCAUCAUCUUUAUUGAUGAAAUAGAUUCUUUUCUGCGAAGCCGUUCCAGUUCUGAUCACGAAGCCACAGCUAUGAUGAAGGCCCAGUUCAUGAGUCUUUGGGAUGGCCUGGAUACUGAUUACAACUGUCAAGUAAUAGUGAUGGGAGCUACCAAUCGCCCUCAGGAUCUUGAUUCAGCUAUUAUGAGAAGAAUGCCUACGAGAUUUCAUAUCAACCAACCUGCACUGAAGCAGAGAGAAGCAAUCUUGAAACUGAUUUUGAAAAAUGAAAAUGUGGACAGGCAUGUAGACCUCCUUGAAGUUGCUAGAGAAACUGACGGGUUCUCUGGGAGUGACUUGAAAGAAAUGUGCCGUGACGCUGCACUCCUCUGUGUCAGGGAAUAUGUUAAUUCCUCCUAUGAAGAAAGCCAAGAAGAUGAUGAAAUACGGCCUGUACAACAGAGAGAUCUACACCGGGCAAUUGAGAAGAUGAGGAAGUCAAAAGAUGCAGCAACCCAGAAUGUCCUAAUGCACGUUAGUUUAGAUUAAGGCUGAGGGAAGGGAGUGUGUGUGUGUGUGUGUGCGUGUGCAUUCCAAUGUGGCCUCAUUCAGUGGCUUGCUAUGUGAUUUAGGUAGCAGAAAUGGAUUGGAAGCAAAAAUAGCCUUUUUAAUAAGUGUUUCUGGAAUUGUUUUUAUAUUCUGAUAUUUAAGUUAUUGAAAUCUAGUCCUGUUUCAGAACUGGGUAUGGCCGCAGUAAUAGAUCAUGGCAUGGAAGAAUGUGGUCCAGCUCAAAAGCAAAGUCCUGUUUCGUUGUUGCAGCCUUAAAAGCUUUUGGUAGGUUCUGGUGUGGCAUACAGUUUCUAGGGGGAGGGGUUUCAGAUUCAUGUAUAUAUGUAUGAUUGUGUGUGUGUGUAUAUGAUAUGUAAAUAUAUAUAUAUCCACACAGUUUUUAUAUAUAUAGACAUAAUGUGUAGAUAAUUUGAAAAUGAAAAGCCUUUUUUCCCUUUUUUUAAAACUUAAUUGCUGGAUCAAACUAAAUCAGAGGAUUAAAAGAUUCAAUACACAUUUACUUAUAUUUGUCCAUUACCUUAAUGCAAAAGCAGAAUCUGCUUUUGGGUAUAAUGUUUCUGGAAUGGAAAUCAGACUCCUUGUUUUGUGUUAACUCAUGGAAUCUGCUGGUGCCAAUCAGUUUAGGUAGAAAAGUUAUAUAAGACUCAUGAUUUUUUAAUAAAUGAAUCCUAUUACUAGAUUUUUUAAUACUGUCAUAAAUGUUCAUAGCAGAACAUUGCUAAAAUUGCAUUUCAUUAUAAUUUAUUUUUCUGUUUCUCAGUUUUGUGAGUCAUUUCCUGUUUAAUAUAUGUUGGGGGACUUUUGUUGUUAAAUUUCCUUUAGCACUUGCUUCUUGUAUGCCAGUGGUCACAACACAAAAUAUGAUAGUAUUGCUGGUGUAAGCUCUUGGGUUGUUUCCUUUCACCCCCUCACUUUGCUCAUUUCUGUAGCUCUCCAUAGCUCUUCCACUGAAUAAUAGGAACAAUAAAAUCUUUUUUUCCAGUGACAAA